CCUUGACCUUCCGGAAUGCGGCCCAGGAGAGCCUCAGAUGCCGCUCUGGUCAGGAAGUGCUGCUCUUCCGGCGAUGAAAUAACAGCCUCCAGGGACGCGGGUGGCCAGGGCGCCUGCACCAGCUGCUCUGCAGAUUGCCAGAUGCUCAGGCUAAAGGUAGCUGGAUGCCGCCGAGGCCAGCCUGAGCUCCCGGGGGCUGCUCGCCCAGCUUGUGCCUCUGAAGGAGCCCCCGUCCCGCUCCAGCACUCACCAUGCCUGCCAAGCCCCUUGUCGGAGCCGCAGGCCGCUCCCGGCGCCCUGGAGAAGCCGCCCAGCUCGGCGAUCCUGUGUAACACCUGCGGGGGCGUGUAGGGGGAGGUGCUGCGGGUGCAGAGCAAGUACUUCCACAUCCAGUGCUUCGUCUGCAAAGCGUGUGGCUGUGACCUGGCCGAGGGCGGCUUCUUCGUGCGGCAGGGCGAGUACAUCUGCACGCAGGACUACCAGCGGCUGUACGGGACCCGCUGCUUCAGCUGCGAUCAGUUCAUCGAGGGCGAGGUGGUGUCCGCCCUGGGCAAGACCUACCACCCCGACUGCUUCGUGUGCGCCGUCUGCCGGUCGCCCUUCCCUCCCGGGGACCGAGUGACCUUCAACGGCAAGGAGUGCAUGUGCCAGAAGUGCUCCCUGCCCAAGUCAGCGGGCGGCAGCGUGCACCUGUCCCAGGGCCUCUGGAGUUGCGGGGGCUGCGGCGCAGAGAUCAAAAACGGCCAGUCUCUGGUGGCCUUGGACAAGCACUGGCAUCUGGGCUGUUUCAAGUGCAAGACUUGCGGGAAACAACUGAACGCCGAGUACAUCAGCAAGGACGGGCUGCCCUACUGUGAGGCCGACUAUCACGCCAAGUUCGGGAUCCGCUGCGAUGGCUGCGAGAAGUACAUCACUGGACACGUGCUGGAGGCGGGCGAGAAGCACUACCACCCUCUGUGUGCAUUAUGCGUCAGGUGCGGCCGGAUGUUUUCGGAAGGCGAGGAGAUGUAUCUGCAAGGCUCCUCCAUCUGGCACCCGGCGUGUCGACAAGCAGCCAGAACUGAGGACAAAAACAAGGAAACCAGAACCUCUUCCGAGAGCAUCAUCUCCGUACCAGCCUCCAGCGCCUCGGGGUCUCCGAGCCGCGUGAUUUAUGCGAAGCUGGGCGACGAGAUCCUUGACUACAGAGACCUGGCCGCCCUGCCCAAGAGCAAGGCCAUCUACGACAUCGACCGGCCAGACAUGAUCUCCUACGCGCCCUACGUCAGCCACUCGGUGGGCGACAGGCAGAGCUGCAGCGAGUCCCCUCAGUUGCUCUCGCCGACGCCGCCUGAGGGGGACCGGGAUGACCGCUCCUACAAGCAGUGCCGCACCUCCAGCCCCAGCUCCACCGGCUCGGUCAGCCUCGGGCGUUACACCCCGACCUCACGGUCGCCCCAGCACUACAGCCGCCCAGCUGGUACUGCGAGUGUUGGUACCAGUAGCUGCCUGUCCCUGCCCCAACACCCAAGCCCUCCAUCCGUGUUCAGACGUCAUUACGUCCCCUACUUCCGAGGCAGUGAAAGCGGCCGGAGCACCCCAAGCCUCUCGGUGCCCCCAGACAGCAAGCCUCCCCCCUCCACCUACCAGCAGGCUCCUCGCCACUUCCACGUCCCAGACACUGGCGUAAAAGACAACAUCUAUCGGAAGCCCCCCAUCUACAAGCAGCACGCCGCGAGGCGACUGGACGGGGAGGAUGCGAGCCUGGAGCUGGACAACAGGAAGCAGAAGACUAGCUGGCUGAUUUCCAAGGGGGACGCAGACACGAGGACUAACUCUCCAGACCUGGACAGCCAGGCGUUGUCCCACAGCAGCGGGACCGACAGAGGCCCCCUCCAAACGAUGCAUGCGGACGACCUGUACUCACGCCUCCCCUAUUCCAGGUCUGACCCUGUCCCAGGACCUGGCAAGAAUGGCUUGGACCACCGGAAUGCCAAUCUGGCCCCUUGUGGAGCAGACUCGGAUGCCAGCUGGGGGACGCGAGAGUACAAGAUCUAUCCUUAUGACGCCCUCAUCGUGACAAACCGGAUCCGCGUGAAGCUGCCCAAGGACGUGGACCGGACCAGACUGGAGAGACACUUGUCGCCGGAGGAGUUCCAGGAAGUGUUUGGGAUGAGCAUGGAAGAGUUUGACCGCCUGGCGCUCUGGAAGAGGAACGACCUCAAGAAGAAAGCCCUGCUGUUUUGACGCCGCUGGCGCCUGGCCGCGGGCUCCCCUGCGGGAAGCACCAGACCCCUCCUGCUGCACCUGCCUCUGGCUUCUCUGUGUCUGCGACGGGCAGAGGGCGGGCAGGGGCGCCUGAGAAGGGCCCGGCGGGGGGCUGGGGCGGGAGGAGUCCCACAGCAGGUGCAGCCCCGUUUCUGCCAGCCCUGCCCCUGCCUGUAGUUUAGGGCCCAGACGUCUGGCUUUGCACUGCCCCUUCCCCGCUGCUGCUUGGCGUCAGGGGGAUGCUGCUAAGUGCUGUCCCAGAGACGAAGGCACGCUGAGAUAGCCACAGCCCGCCGUCCUGCCUCCGUGCGGCACCCACCCCAUGCUGGGGGCACAGAGGUGACACCACUGGAGAUUUGAAGGGGCUUGUCCACGACAGGGUCACGGGGUGGGGUGGGCUUCCGGCAUUCACGGCCCCCCUCUCCCGCUCAGCCCAGGGAGGCACCGCCUGGCACACAGGUCCCCGGGGCAGGGGGAGCGCGGCGGGCAUGCAGGGCUGCAAGAAGUGUGGGCGCUAGAUUUCUGCAGCCUGUGUUUAGGGAGGAACUUCAGUCUAACAGGGCACCUUCUGGCAGGGCCCUCUGUGCACUGCGUUUUUCUUCCAAAUCACCCCUUAGAUGCCUAAAUGAUAUCUUUAAAGUCACACAAAAGUUUUUAUUUUAUUAAAAAGUAUAGCCUACUUAAACAUGGAGAUGCCAUAUAUAAAGAGUUUAAUUUUAUGGUCCCGCUGAAGGGAACCGCCUCCAGCCUUACUCGGCCCCGCCCCCGCCCAGUUCGUGUCUGCGCGGAUUCCCUUUGGGGUGUGUUCCUGAUGCACAGGCCCCCUGGUCGGUAUUCUUUGUGCUUUUUGGCUCUCUGACCUGUCGCCCGGGUACCCCGAAAGGCAAGGACCCCCCGCAAGCACACACACAAUGCUGUUUGUAAAUUCGUGAUGACGGGUGCAGUAAAGCCACCACUGUUGUUCUCGCCGUGCUUUUCCAAGCCUCGGAGAGAAAACCUCGUCCCCAGACGGCCAAAGCCCUGGGACAAAGGAUUUCCACACGCCCAGCCUAACACGCGACGCAGCUUUUAGUGUGUCCUGUGACGUGGCCAAUGGUGUCCCCCACCCCUGUAAAAUGCACUUCUAGGGAGGGGUGUUUUGUCCUGAGACUCACACCCGGAGACGGGGGGUGAGGGAUGCUACCCAGACCUGCCGAGGAAGCCGAGGGCCCUGUGUGUGACCAGGUGCGGGUUAGCCCGUGCCUGGCGCAGAGUGGGCAGUGUGCCGAGAGGCCUGUGAAACGUGGUGAAGGUGCCCCCAGAGUCUGUCCCCCGUCUUUGUGACACCUCAUCUUCCCGUGUGCCCUGGAUGUUCCAUCUGUGAGUCAGCGUCACUCAGCUUCUUCUGGCCCCAUCCCCCUCCCGGUCCCGCUGUGCGCCCAGCUUGGCCAUGGAGGGUUCUGGGGCACCUGGCACGUGGCCUCCACCCGGCCACCGGAGCCUGCGCCUCCAGAAACCCCCGUUUUCUCACUAGUGAGCAUUGUGUUGGACCAGGGGAGCCUGGAAGAAUAAAGGAUGCUGUAUGAUAACUCAUGAAA